CUUUUCUUCCAAGAACCGGCCCACGCGCAGAUCUUUGGGUCAUCUCUCAUUUCACGUAAACCCAAAUGGUCAAGCCAGACUCUGAACUGAGAAUUCUCUCAUUUGUUGGGCACCCAGUUUGUGUUUCUCGAGCAAUGUGUGACGUCUUUAAGCAAAGGCACGAGGGAACAAAACCGCGUUGAAGACUCCGCCGACAGUAUAAUUCGUUUUCGCCUUCCCUUUCUUUACACUAUGCUCUUUGGUUUAACGCUUUAUUGCUAUCUGGUUUGGUAAGGCGGACGGCCAAACCUGUAGGCGUAGCUUUUAAGGUUUUGGGGUUUCAUGUCUGUAUAGACAUCGGUGAUUGAAUAGGGAAGUGUAAACCCGUGUUAUAAAACCGUAUUCUUUCAUGUUCUGAAUUGGUUCUAUUGGGUCACUAGUGGCUGCAAAUUCAAAGCCAGGAAUUGGUUUUGAAUUUGGUGAAAAACCCACCAAUUAAAUCCGUAUUAUAACAGUUUGUGGUGAGAUAGAUAAUUUUUUAAUUUCAAUUAGAGUGGUCAAUCGGGUGCAAAAUCCAUAUAACAAACCGGAUAUUUUCAUUUAGAAUUAGAGGUUUGGAGUCUGGAAAACUAAAUUUGCAGCUUGAAAUAAAUUCAUCAGAAAGGUUGUCUAUACGUGAGAAUUUGGUGUUAUUUCUCUCAAGCAUUUGUCUUUGAAUACUUUUAGCGAGUGUAAUUGGACGGGAAUAUGGCUGGAUUCUCAGAAGUAAUGAACCAUAAGGAUUCGAAUGGGUCAAUUGUGAAUUCCAAUGGUGCUUUAGAAGAGAAGGUCGAUGAGCUUCGUCACCUUAUGGGUAAAGCUGAGAGUGAUCCGCUGAGGAUAGUUGGUGUUGGGGCUGGUGCAUGGGGUAGUGUUUUUGCAGCUAUGUUGCAAGACAGUUAUGGUCAUUUAAGAGACAAGGUUCAGAUUAGGAUCUGGAGAAGACCUGGAAGAUCUGUCGACAGAGCCACAGCCGAACACCUAUUUGAAGUGAUCAAUUCGAGGGAGGAAGUGUUGAGGAGACUAAUUAGGCGGUGCGCAUACCUGAAGUAUGUAGAGGCAAGAUUAGGUGAUCGAACACUUCAUGCUGAUGAGAUUUUGAAAGACGGGUUUUGCCUGAAUAUGAUCGAUACCCCUCUCUGCCCUUUGAAGGUUGUCACUAACUUGCAGGAAGCUGUGUGGGAUGCCGAUAUUGUGGUGAAUGGCUUACCAUCAACAGAGACCCGUGAGGUAUUUGAAGAAAUUAGUAGGUAUUGGAAAGAGAGAAUUACACCACCGGUCAUAAUUUCUUUGGCAAAGGGUGUAGAGGCUGAAUUGGAGCCCGAACCACGCAUUGUAACUCCCACUCAAAUGAUCAAUCGAGCUACUGGUGUUCCCAUGGAGAACAUUCUUUAUCUUGGAGGACCUAAUAUAGCAUCUGAGAUAUAUAACAAGGAAUAUGCUAAUGCUCGAAUAUGUGGAGCUGAAAAGUGGAGAAGACCAUUGGCAAAGUUUCUGAGGCAGCCCCACUUCGUAGUGUGGGACAAUGGUGAUCUUGUUACUCAUGAAGUUAUGGGAGGCUUAAAGAAUGUCUAUGCCAUUGGAGCUGGAAUGGUAGCAGCUCUAACCAACGAGAGUGCCACCAGCAAAUCGGUAUACUUCGCUCACUGUACAUCGGAAAUGAUAUUUAUGACCCAUCUCUUGGCAGAAGAACCAGAGAAACUUGCUGGGCCUUUGUUGGCUGAUACUUAUGUGACACUGCUGAAAGGUCGUAAUGCAUGGUAUGGACAAAAGUUGGCUAAGGGGGAAUUAAGCCUCGAAAUGGGUGAUAGCAUCCAGGGCAAAGGGAUGAUUCAGGGGGUCUCUGCUGUUAAAGCAUUUUAUGAGCUGCUCUGUCAGUCGAGCUUAAGUGUGCUGCAUCCUGAAGAAAAUAAGCCUGUUGCUCCAGUUGAGCUUUGCCCAAUCCUAAAGAUGUUGUAUAAAAUACUGAUAACCAGGGAGUGUUUAUGUCAAGCCAUUCUGCAAGCAUUAAGGGACGAGACAAUGAAUGAUCCCCGUGACCGUAUCGAGAUCGCACAAACCCAUGUUUUUUACAGGCCGUCUCUUCUUGGUUAUCAGCCUUGAUAACAAGUUGCUAAUCUCCUUACUGCUCUUGAGCAGCGGCAUGUAAUUUUGUCACCCCUGACCCUCAAGCGAUGUAAAUGUAGGCAAGGUGGUUGGUGUGAUUGCUUCUAUAGCCUUGUUUGUAAUCAGGGUGGGUAAGGGGUGUCAUAUAUAUAUAUAUAUAUAUAUAUAUAUAUAUAUA